ACUUACUCAAAGGUGGCCUGAUCCCAAUCUUUGAGGUGUUUGUAUAUCUCAACUGAGCAUCGACCGCCAGAUCAGGAAGGUGGACUUCGCCUAUGGAACCCACCAUGGCGCCAGACGAAAUGCAAUCACUCUUCACUCCACCAAUAUGACUUCGCAAGCGGACAGUAACAUUUUGAUCAUCGGCGCGGGAACCUGGGGUUGCUCCAUUGCACUUGAGCUCGCCAGACGAGGCCACACCGGCAUCAAGGUGCUUGACGGCAGCUCCUUCCCCUCAGCCAUCUCCGCGGGCAACGACCUCAACAAAAUCGCAGAGGAAGCGAACCAGCCAUCCCAAGAUGACUCCGACGAGGACUAUUUCUGGCACCGCGUUCAUGAGAUUGCUAUGAAAGCAUGGAAGCACGAUUCGCUUUUCGUACCUUUCUACCAUCCCACCGGCUUCAUCGAUGCUGCUGUGAGCGAUGAUGCAUACGAGCGCUGCGUUGAAUACGCUAAGAGCGAUAACGCCACACUGGUGCCGUUGAAAACGAAAGAAGACUUUCAGAGGACGAUGCCUGAUGGUGUUCUGCAAGGCGACUUCCCUGGCUGGCGAGGUUUUUGGAAGCAAGGUGGUGCGGGCUGGGUAUUUGCGAGCGGCGCCAUGAAGGCCAUGCAUGUAGAAGCUGUGAGGCUGGGAGUGCACUUUGUGACUGGCGAUUCAGAGGGUAGAGUAGAGGCAUUACUCUACAGCCAAGACUCGAAGACAGCAUCUGGAGCACGUACAGCUGAUGGCAUCUUCCAUACUGCGAAACAUACGAUACUCUCCGCCGGUGCCAAUAGCGACCACUUACUGGACUUCAAAAGCCAACUUCGACCGACAGCCUGGACACUUGCACAUAUCCCCCUAUCUAGCGAAGAAGCAGCUCUGUACAAAGACCUCCCAGUCCUAUAUGGUGUCGAUCGAGGCUUUUUCAUCGAACCAGAUGCCGAGAAGCAAGAGAUGAAGCUCUGCGACGAGCAUCCAGGCUACAUCAACCCAGUCAUCGAGGAUGGGAAAUUCCGUUCCGUUCCUUUCGCACGCCAUCAAAUCCCCGCCGAGGCUGAAGCACGUAUGCGCCUUCUUCUCCGCGAGACGAUGCCGCAGCUGGCAGAACGCGAGUUCAGCUUUGCACGCAUGUGCUGGGACGCCGACACCGUUGAUCGCAGGUUUUUGAUCGACACACAUCCCGAGAUCGAGAAUCUGAUUGUGGCUGUUGGGGGCUCAGGCAAUGGCUUCAUGACGAGUCCUGCUAUCGGUGUACUAGUGGCAGAUAUCCUCGAUAAUAGGGGCGAGAUCGAGGAGCGCGUAAAGAAGAUGUUGAGAUGGAGAUCGGAAACUGCUAUAAAUCGAGACUGGUGGGACUCACAGGGGCGCUAUGGUGCUAACGGCAAGGUCAUGGAUUUAAGAGAUGUCAAGAAGUGGGCGAGAAUAGGUGAUAAAAGGUUCAGCGUAGCGUAG